CUGGGUUACCAUAAUUGCAUUGUUUUUAGAAGUGGUAUGUGCGGUUGCUGGAAGACGGGUGUCGGAAGAUUGGGUGGGGAGUGGAAUUCCGGUUCCAACGCGAUGGCAGCGAUGAUAGUGCGGACGGGGAGCGGGCCGCCGCAGCGGACGCUGUUGCCGUCGCAGGAACUUCUGGACGACUUGUGCAGCCGCUUCGUGCUUAAUAUGCCGAAACAGGAGCUGCAAGCAUUCGAGAGGAUAUUAUUCUCCGUGGAACAGGCUCACUGGUUCUACGAGGACAAUGCAAUGGAGCAGAACAUGUCGUUGAAGUCAUUGACGCUGCGGGAAUUCACGUCGCUCAUGUUUCAAAGUUGUGUGGCGCUGCGGCCCUACAUCACGCAGAUUGACGACAUUUACAAAGAUUUCACGACGUACAAGACGAGAGUGCCAGUGAUGGGCGCGAUCAUCCUUGACGAAACCCUGGAGAGGUGCUUGUUGGUCAAAGGUUGGAAAGCGGGCUCUAGCUGGAGUUUCCCCCGAGGGAAGAAGAACAAAGACGAGGAGGACUCCGUCUGUGCGGAGCGGGAAGUGCAGGAAGAGACGGGGUACAAUAUACAUCCCAAACUGAGAUUAGAGGAUCAUUUGGAAGUCGUAAUAGGCCAGCAGCGAAUGCGUCUGUAUAUUAUACCUAGCGUGAAGGAUGACACCAUGUUUGCUCCUCAAACGAAGAAGGAAGUGAGCGAAAUAGCGUGGCACAGAGUGGACGAACUGCCAGUCUCUAGCAAUGAGUCAGUAGUGCACCAUCGUGGUCCUACCGGUCUCAAAUAUUAUAUGGUAUUCCCGUUUGCGACACCUCUCAAUAAAUGGAUCGACAAGAAACGGUCUAUCCACGCGAAGAGAGCAAGUCCUCUUCCUGGUGUUACUGUGUGGAAGGUGAAGAAUAAUUUGUCAUCGGCUGGAUCUGGCCCCUUAGCACAAAAUUAUGGGAAUGCAGUGAUCCCUUCAGUUCCUCCGGCUGUUGCUACACCUGUACUGUCGUCCGAGAAAAUUCGGAGCUCCCCAAAAGUUUCUCCAAGGGUUUCUCCCAUGAGCUCUCCUAGAAUUAUUCCUAGGGCCGCUCCUCAGACACCUCCUAAAACUCCGCCCAAGCGUCUUCCUAAGGCUGUUCUCAAGGAGCCUCCUGGUUGUGCGUUUCGAAACUUCAGAUUCGAUUUUGCUCGGAUUCUUGAGCAGCUCGAUGGCUAGCACAAAGACGGGCUAAGAGAUGCUGCGCUGCUUGUUGGAAUGCACGAAGUGGCGACGAAGUCAAUCGAUUGCCUGACUUAUGGUUUUCCCCAGCAGUUGUGGUCGAGGCUGUAGAACUUGUAUUUUACCACUCCCUGUGUUUUUUUAAAUCCUCUUCAGAGUUUCUUUCAUUUGGGUCAUGUUGUUUGGGAGCGUGGCCCUGUAGACAUUCUUGGAAUUGACCUUACUUGGUCAGCAUGACAACGGUCAUGAAGAAACAUUCAGACACGAGUUUGACCCUGCUCCAGCUAACAUCUGACCCUUUCUAUCCCUUUCUUUUUGUUUUCUUUCCUCUCUGAAGGAAAACGACGAGCGCAAGUACACGAGGAACAAGAUGGGAAAUGUAGACGACUGACGAAAAUUAUCUUAGUAAGCGAAUUUGCGGUUGGACAAUGGCUCACUGGUUUGGAUUUGUGGGAGACUUUAGUAGUCUUUUUGUUCCUCCGAAGAGGUCAUAGUCGACCUUACCAUUGCCCUGAGUGGACACAUCACAAGUGAAGGAGCAGCAUUCUUCCUAUUAGAAAAAUUAUAACAGAGCACUGCGUGACAUCCGAGAUAUUGGAGGGUGAUGAGAGAUUCCACAAUUUUUGAAGUGGCAUCCUUGUGCAGUGUGAAGGGUUAGGGUAGCAUCUAGUAGCAGCAGAGCAAAUCGCUCGCCCGUUGGACUGCUUUGUAAAAUUGAAAUGCUUCGACAUGCACAGGUUGUGCAAUUUUACGAUUGGUGGGAAAGAAUGAUGUCGUUUAACAUCCUUUGAGCACCUUUUCUCAGGCAGAUAUGUUUCAUAGUUCGAGCCUGCGGGAGUGAAUCCUUGUAUAGUUAGGGGUUUCAUUCAACUCUCUGGACAAUUUUAGGAAGAUCUAAUCUUUAGUUUAGAAGGUUGUAACCAAGAACAUUCACAGCAUAGAUGUUACAUAGAGAGGUCAUUCUAUUUGCCUAAGCAGUUUUAUGGCUAAAGAGAUGAUACUCAGGCACAUUCAAAGUACAGAAGAUGAAGGAUCUGGAAUACAGGUCUAUAUAGAUAAAGUACUUCUUUCACAGUGAAGACAGGUAGUUCAUCCUGUGCUGUAAUACGCUCUUAGGAUGGUGGGUGACACUGUCGGAUACAUUUUGCAACUGCUACACAAUCUGGUAACUGCAAAUGUGAGUCAUUUUGCAGCAAGCAUUAUUUAUGCGAAGGUAUGGACUUGAUACAAGAAGACAUUGACGAGCCGACUAUGAUUGCUUGGAUUUUCUCUACUUCAAUGUGGGCAUAUAUUUCGGUUGAGACAUUCGAUGUUGACACACAGUGGAAGCUGAUUGGAUUGCUGGCAAAGUUCUGGGGCUACUUAAGCCGAGAUUCUGCAUGGCCAUGUAACAAGAGGAAUCUGUGGACACUUGGAAGACCCAAUGCCCCAGAAAUUUUGCAAAUGUCAAAAGUAAAGUGCUCCUUUUCACACGAAGUGCUUGAGCAGUUUUGCUGGCACGGAUUAGAUUAGUGAAGACAUUCAGUUGCUUUAGAAGACCAUGAAAGUGGUCGAGAGGCAUUUUUUUUUGUGGUUCCCCUUGACUCUGGACAAAUGGGUUAUGAACGCCAGAAAUUUGACGAUAUUUUUGUUCAUUCAUGUGAAAAUACGAAUGCAAUGUAACCUGUCACUCGUGUACUUUUGGAAACCUCUUAAAAGACCAGUAAAAUUGUUUCACAAUUU